GAACCGGAAAAUGGGCUUUGGCCAUUAAACAAAACAGGCCCAAAAUCAACUACCGUAUCCCCAACCCAAACACACUCUCGACUCUCUACACUCAGGCUAGGGCUUAACACAGACACCAUCACUCUUUUCUUAUCCCCAAACCCUAAUUCCACCCCUCUUUCGACAAUGGCGUCCAAUUACGAAUUCGACGACACUCAACAGCUCGAUUCCGCCGGGUACGACCCGAAUUUCGUACCCGACUCCGUGAAAUCCUUCGUCGUCCAUCUCUACCGACACAUCCGCGAGAAGAAUGUGUACGAGAUUCACCAGAUGUACGAGACCUCGUUUCAAACCCUAAGCGAGCGCUUGUUCAAGGACACUCCUUGGCCUUCUGUGGAUGCGGUGGCGCAGUACGUGGAUAAUGAUCACGUCUUCUGCUUGUUGUAUCGGGAGAUGUGGUUUCGACAUCUUUACGCCAGGCUCUCGCCUACUUUGAAGCAGAGGAUUGACUCUUGGGACAAUUAUUGUAGCCUCUUUCAGGUAGUUUUGCAUGGAGUUGUAAAUAUGCAAUUGCCAAAUCAGUGGUUAUGGGAUAUGGUAGAUGAGUUUGUGUAUCAGUUCCAGUCAUUUUGUCAGUACCGAGCAAAGAUGAAGAACAAGACUGAAGCAGAAAUUGCACUUCUGAAGCAGUUUGAUCAGGCCUGGAAUGUGUAUGGCGUGCUCAACUUCUUGCAAGCACUAGUGGAGAAAUCAACAAUAAUACAAAUUCUUGAGCAGGAGAAGGAAGGGCUUGAGCAGUUCACUGCUAAUGAUGGAUAUGAUUACACUGGUGGAAGUAAUGUGCUGAAGGUCUUAGGUUAUUUCAGCAUGGUUGGCUUGCUACGAGUACAUUGCUUGUUAGGUGAUUACCACACUGGCCUGAAGUGCAUACAACCAAUUGACAUAAGUCAGCAAGGCGUUUUCACUAUAGUGAUAGGCAGCCACAUCGCUACAAUAUAUCAUUAUGGGUUUGCCAAUCUUAUGUUGAGGAGAUAUGUAGAAGCGAUACGAGAAUUCAACAAAAUUCUCUUGUACAUUUACAAGACUAAACAAUAUCACCAAAAAUCUCCUCAGUAUGAACAGAUUUUAAAGAAAAAUGAGCAGAUGUAUGCUUUGCUGGCAGUUUCUCUUUCUCUUUGCCCCCAAUUGAAGCUUGUGGAGGAGACUGUGAACUCUCAGUUGCGGGAAAAGUAUGGAGAGAAAAUGUUGCGAAUGCAGAGGUAUGACGACGAAGCGUUUGCUCUUUAUGAUGAACUCUUCUCAUAUGCGUGUCCCAAGUUUAUUACACCAUCUGCUCCAACUUAUGAGGAGCCUCUUGUGAAUUACAACCAGGAUGCAUAUAGGCUUCAACUGAAGCUCUUCCUUUAUGAAGUGAAGCAGCAACAAUUAUUGUCUGGUGUCCGUACCUUUUUGAAAGUUUAUUCAACGAUCUCUGUAGGAAAGCUUGCAACAUACAUGGAAGUGGAUGAACCUACUUUAAGGACAAUUUUGAUGAGUUACAAGCACAAGACUCAUGCCGUUGAUUCAGAUGGGAAAGUUGUCUCCAAUGCUGAUAUUGAUUUCUCCAUUAAUGACGACAUGAUUCAAGUUGUUGAGUCGAAACCAACAAAGCGCUAUGGAGAUUAUUUUCUGCGACAGAUUGUCAAACUUGAAGAAUUAAUGACCGAUAUGGACAGGGUUAAGCUGGAGGCAUAAUAUCUGCUGAAAUUUUUUCCUUAUGCCUGUUUUUUAGGACAUUUUGUUUGCUAAGAUAAGCUCUGAUAUGUUAUCAUGGUAUUACAUGUUACUAAUCUGUAUCUGAGGAAGUUUAAUUUUUUAUAUUACACUAAUGCAGGUUUAAAGUUUUUGUAGUAAA